GCCUGGUGACAUUUGGCGCUGCUGAUUGCCUCCCUGAUUAAUUAGACGGCCUGCAAUGCUGCAAAUUGUAGCGAGGAGAUUCCCUGCCGAGCUGUGAGCUCCUGCUGUCUCUUUAUACCGAUGCCAGCUUCACCAUGACAGCGGAUAGAGACGCCUGUGGGACACAAUGACAGCUGACAAGGAGAAGAGAAGGGCGAUCAGCCGCGACGCAGCCAGGAGGAGACGACAGGUGGAGUCGGACGUGUUCGGGGAUUUAUCCCGUCUCCUGCCGCUCGAGCCAUCCGUCAGAGCUCACCUGGACAAACCGUCCGUCAUCCGGCUCACGCUCAGCUACAUACGCAUGCACGCACUGCUCAAAGGAAACCCCGGGAUUAAAUCAGAGGGAGGUAAAGCAGUAGAGUGUGGACCGUCAAACAGCAGAGAUGAGCGACAGAGUGAGUGUGACGCAAGACUUGACGAUGAGGAGAAAGUAUCAGAGGAAGAUGUGGAAACAAACAUGUACCUGAAAACCCUGGAGGGGUUUCUGAUGGUUCUGUCUGCAGAGGGAGACAUGAUCUUCCUUUCUCACAACGUCAGCAAGUACAUGGGGUUGACACAGACUGAGCUGAUGGGACACAACAUUUUCGAGUUCACUCACCCUUGUGACCACGAAGAAAUCAGAAAUAACCUACGCCUAGCAACGGGGGAGGUUUGGCUUGAUGGAAAGAGGGACUUUGUCAUGAGGAUUAAAAGCGCUCUGACACACAGAGGAAGAAGCACCAACCUCAAGUCGGCUACGUGGAAGGUUCUUCACUGUCAGGGCCGAGCGAAGGUGUGCAUCACUGCAUCUUCCUGCCGGGUUUCCUGCCUUCUGCUGACCUGCCAGCCUCUGCCACUCUCACACACACUCCUCAGUGCAAACACCUUCACCAGCCAGCACAGCAUGGACAUGAAGUUCACCUACUGUGACCAGAGAGUGCAGUUUUUGUUAGGUUACAGUCCAGAGGAGCUGAUUGGCCGUUCCAUCUACAAUCUCUGUCAUACUGUGGACACGAACUGUUUGACCAAAAACCAUUUCAACUUGUACUGGAAGACUCAGUCGGUCAGCGGGCAGUACAGGAUGCUGGUGAGAGGUGGAGGCUACGUCUGGGUGGAGACUCACAGUGCUGUCAUCCCAAGUGGCAGACCCUCUAGGUCUAGACAGGGUACCAACCAUCAACUCUGUAUCCUCUGUGUUACUUAUGUCCUCAGUGGAGUGGAGGAGCCGAGCCUGCAGCUGUCUGUGGAUCAGACUGUCUCCGGAUAUCAGAGCUGAAACUGGAGUCUGAAACACCCACAACCCACUCUACCUCCUUCAUUUUUUUUCACUUUGAUUCAACAAUCCAUUUUAAAUUCAAACACUUGUUUGUGUUUGUGUUCCAUGUAUAGAUGUUCCUAAAUACAUUAAAAUAGUCUGAAAACAAGCCUCAGGGAAAUAUUGAUUUUUAGCAGGUUGUGGUAUCUGAUUCCAGACAGAUAACUCAAGGUGUAUUUUAAAACCAUUUCUUUGUCAUAUUGUUUUGCAUAAUGGUUGCAGUAGCAGCAUAACACCUCUCCUGAAAUAAAAGUGGAAGCUCUGACAGGGUAGAUUGUGGUUGACAGACGGUUGACGGGGCGUAGUGAGAGUUGAAGUUUGUCGAUGAAAGCAGGCAGUUUGACUUUUUUUUGACCUCUCUGAGCCUGACUUGGGUUCCUGUGGGGUUUCCUUCUGAACCACCUGACACGUGGGGUGACAUCUGAUUGUCAAACACAGACAUGUGUACAUUACACACAUGCACAUACAUGCACACACAUACACACACACACACGCUAUAUAUGGAGAGAAAUGCAUAGUGCUGAUGAGGAGAUGUGAACAGACGCAAGUCAAAGCCACAGCUUCCUGAAUAGAGACACUCUAUAGGAAAGUUCUCGUGGGAACUUUUUCAACUUUUACCUCUUGGCCUCUUGACUCAGACAACCACACACACUCACACACACACACGCACACACUCACAAACAACAAACGAUUUUAAGUUUCACUUCCGCUUGUUCUACUAGAAGAAAUAAAAUGAAAUUUGAACAAAGCACAAAGUCAAGGCAUUGAAAAAGGUUUUCAAACGCCAUUUAAUCCAAAUUUGAACAUUUUAAAGCACACCAGGACGCUUUUAUAAAUUAAAUUUCCUCACACACACAGCCAACCUGCAGGUGCAAAAACACCGAAAUUAAGAGAAUUAAAGUUUGAAGCCAUCACUCUCAAAUGACUCUCACUUCAUUUGUUUCUCACGGUUGUUAUG